GACGUGAUGACGCGCGGUGUAGGGCGUCGCGUACGCUGUUUCGGCCGGAACGUCGCUGAGGGAAAGUCGGGACCUCGGUGGCUGAGAGGGAACGGGAACUGCUCCUGCUGAGUACGUGAUCCAUUUCCACAUUUCUAUCUGGCGUGGGUCAAUACAAUUGGAUAUGAUUCGAACACUCUCCAGACGCACGGUUUCUCAUCUGCGUUGUUAGGUUGUGAUCUGAAGGGUGCCGGCCAAGCGUAACCAGAAGCUUGACUUCAAGUGAGGAUGUUUCACUUCAGAAUGCUGCCUGCCCUGGCAGUUCUCGGCAACUUCUCCAGGCAGUACUAUAGGGCAGCAGCCCCAAACAAGCAUCGGCACAAAUUGAUGAUGAUAACAUUUGCUGGAGUCACAGCUGUUUCGGCGACAACAGGUUUAUUGUGGAAAAGAGCAUAUGCAGAGGGAGCUUCCUCAGUGAAACGCACACCCAGACCUGACUGUUUUGGGGUUAAGGAGGAACAGAGUGAUGAGAAGGCUGUGAAAUCACAGGAAGAGGAUGCACAGAUUGAAAAGAAGAAGAAGAGGCAAGGCUUCAGAGAUCGGAAGGUAAUGGAAUAUGAGAACCGUAUUCGGGCUUACUCCACACCAGACAAAAUCUUCCGAUACUUUGCAACAUUGAAGAUCAUCAAUGAGAAUGGAGAUUCUGAAGUGUUCAUGACACCCCAAGAUUUUGUUCGGUCGAUUACGCCAAAUGAAAAGCAGCCAGAGAAUCAGGGUCUGGACCAGUUUAUAGUGAAACGAUACGAUGGGAAGAUGUGUUGCAGUCUGCGUAUGGCUGUUGUUUCUCUACAGAAACUUUCCCAUGGACGGGAGAAAUUUGCUGACGAGGACAGCAUAUUUUUCACAUUGGGCGAGUGCGGACUGAUUUCCUUCUCCGAUUACAUUUUUCUCACCACCGUUCUGUCCACUCCACACAGGAAUUUUGAAAUUGCCUUUAAGAUGUUUGACCUAAAUGGUGAUGGUGAGGUUGAUCUGGAGGAGUUUGAACAGGUUCAGAGCAUUAUUCGAUCUCAGACCAGUAUAGGCAUGCGUCACCGAGAUCGCUCCACAACAGGGAACACACUGAAAUCUGGAGUUAGCUCAGCGCUUACCACUUACUUCUUUGGUGCAGAUCUAAAAGGAAAAUUGACUAUUAAACAUUUCCUAGAGUUUCAGCGUAAACUGCAACAGGAUGUACUCAAACUGGAGUUUGAGCGACAUGACCCAAUAAAUGGACGAAUCUUAGAGCGUCAGUUUGGCAGUAUGCUGUUGGCAUAUAGCGGUGUCCAAUCCAAGAAACUCAGAGCAAUGUUGAAAAGUAUCAAAAAACAAUUCAAAGACGCAGAGGGCAUCACAUUCGAGGAGGUGGAAAAUUUCUUCACUUUUCUGAAGAACAUUAACGAUGUGGACACAGCACUGAGCUUCUACCACAUGGCAGGGGCCUCAAUUGAUAAAGCAACCAUGAAGCAUGUUGCCAGGACGGUGGCACGAGUGGAACUUUCUGAUCACGUUUGCGAUGUUGUCUUUGCUUUGUUCGACAGUGAUGGAAACGGGGAGCUGAGCAACAGGGAGUUCAUCUCCAUCAUGAAACAGCGGCUAAUGCGCGGACUGGAAAAGCCAAAGGACACCGGCUUCACUCGGCUAAUGCGUGCCAUGUGGAAAUGUGCGCAGGAGACUGCCUGGGACUUGCCUUAUCUAACCAAGUAAAGAGAAAUAGAGAUAGCUCAGUUAGACAGCAACCUGGAGCUGCUUUAACACAAGAAGCUCUAAGAAUUGUCAGGAGGACUGAACUGGGAUGCCUUAACGUGUGGGAUUUUAAGAAGCAGAUUUUAUUUUCAAUUAUGAUUUUCUUUUUUAAAAACAUGGGAAUUUUUCAUGUCAGAUCCAAUUACACAAAAGUGUUACUCAGUAGAUUUCCAAGGAACAAUCUACUUCAAAACAUUGAUAGGUAGAAGAGGCUUGUUAUUAAUCUGGUUGGUUUGUUUCUAUCUGUGUGCAACCAGUACUGGAAACAGGUAACUCCAUUAUUCAUUAUUAAGCUUGAACACCACAGAAAUUGCCAGUUUCUUCAUGAGAGACUGUUCUCAGAUUGUUUGGAGUCACUGUGAGUGGGCUGAAUUACUCAGAGAUUCACAGAUCACCUGUAUGGUUAAAGUGCCACAAUGACUUUUAUACAGUUUGUGUUCCGGUGUGAGUCUCUCACAUGCAGUUUGCAUUCUGUGAUCUGAACACCUACCUACCGUGUACCACAGUACUUGUUAGAUUCAAGAUGAUGCUGCACAUAAUCCAAAUCGCUUUUCCUCACGUGGGCGAGACUGGUACUGUCAUAUUUUAUUCACCAAAAGGGACUCUACUAAUCUGAUUUGUAGUCCCUAUGAUGCCCCUGGUCCCUAAGUAGCGGGUAUUUAUAGUGGGUGGGGGAGCCACCAUUCCGUCCCCAACUUCUGCCAUCAGCUGUAAUCCUGUAAUGAUCCUUACAGCUCAGUGGCCAUAUUACAUGGGGAGCUAACAUGUAGAAAGAGAAGACUUUAUGAGAUAGAAAGAGUGAGCUGGCUGCAGUGCAUUAGGGCAGCAACAGCUGCUUACAGCAGUGACUUGUCAGUUUUGGACUGGGGCUUGAAAUCAGUUGGCUGUACUCCCAUCUGAGGCAAAUUGACAUCUGAGAGGAGCCAUGGACCUGGUAUUGCAUAUUUUUUGCAGGCACUCAAUACUGGGCUCUUGUAUAAAUAGUGAGUGUUUCGUCUAAAUCAGUGCUCAUUAAAUCUCUGCUAACUGUGCUUCAUCAUAUCUCAUCUAGUUACUUGAGUCCUGUUGACUGUUAUUAUAUUUGAAACCACUAAAUUAAUGUUAAAAUAGACAGGAACUUCCUGUUGUGAUUACAGUACAUUUGAGCUUCCUCUUGGAAUCAUUUUCUCCGCUACGUUUUUUCCAGUGGGCUGCCUAUCAACUAAGGUUUGCUGUUUUCUGGAACAGCUUCCCCUUUAAGAUACUAAUGUUACAAAUAAGUAAUUGUAUACUAUUACUGUAUAAUGUUUUAAAUCUGCUGAUAGGAUUUGAAACUGCACUUUCCAAUUGUGUUGACUAUCUAGUGCCUGCUGUGGAGCCUUGAGCCUUUCAAUGUCACUAUCUCUUCCUUCACAGUACCUGUAAGCCAGAGGCUGAAAAUUCUAAUUCCAAUUCUGAUUUGUUACUUAUUAUGGAUUUGAGUGUUUGCCAUUACUGUUCAAGCAGUCUCUUUAAACUUCCCACUGCUACUGUUAUUUAGAAGUGCAUAAAUUACUGGCAAUAUCAGCAGGCAAACCUUUAAUGCAUUUGCAUGGCACUCCUCUGUCUGCUGUUUUACUGGAUGAGUUCAUACACAGUGUUCAGCACCAAUAUUCAGUGUCAUUUAAAGGUUUGCUCUUGGGCUAGGAAUGAGCUCUUUUCAGACAGUUCUUUAGUAAAUAUGAAUGUAGAAACCAAAAAGCAAAGUCUGAAAUAAAUGUUUUCCCUUCGUUA